AGAGAGGUGAAGUACAGUACUGAUACCAGAAUAAUCUACUUAAGUACAGUGAAGAAGUAUUUGUACUUGGUUAUUUCUCACUUCUGGCAUAACUACAGUAAACUAGAGCCUGAAACACUUCGUUAUUUCCCUCCUCUGGUUAUAGUAUAUUUUUCUUUCUUGUUUUCUUGUGGUCACGACUAAAUUUCCUUGCCAUAACAAAAGUUAAAAACAAAUUAAAAAAGUUGUUAUGCAUGGCCUCUUAAGUCUCCUGUAUUGUGAAAUCUGUGCUGUUCCUCUCCUGUGCUGAAACUAAUUAUCAUUUCUCCUUAAAUAUAAAAAAAAAAAUAAAGAGGAAUCGUUGCUUCCACAUUUUUUUUUGAGGAUGUAGCUAGAUACUGAUGAACGAUUCCAAAAAACUUUCACAAUUUUACAUUUAACACACAGACAACUUCAGGUGAACUGGAGCACAUGAUAUUUUCUUCCUUGUUCAAAAAUUUCUAUCUCCAUUUGCACAUUUGCCAUGAAAUUAUAUGACAUUUUUGUAAUACUAAAGCUUCUGUGCAUAAGUCUUUGCAAAGCAUGCAAGCCUGCUGAGUAUAAAAUUGAUAAAGAAUGCUGUCCGAUGUGCGCUGCUGGUACCCAUGUGUCCAAACACUGUGACAGAGAAUUAGGCACAAACUGUAUUCCGUGCAUUGGAUCAACCUACACAAAUGUCCCGAAUGGCCUAAGUUCAUGUUUCACCUGCACUGUUUGUGAUGAAGGUCAUGGAUUAAAGGUGAAGAAAAAGUGUGAAAGUGUUUCAGAUGCAGUCUGUGAGCCUUUGCCACGAUAUUAUUGUAUAGACGUUAAUAAUGGGAGCUGCAGAAAAGCCAGAGAGCACUCUACCUGCCUUCCUGGACAAUACAUCAACCAGACUGGAACAGCUUCAAAGGAUACUGUUUGUAGCGACUGCCCUGCGGAGACAUAUUCAGAUGGUUCUUUUACACACUGUAAACUACAUACAAUUUGUGGGUCUUUGUGGCAGAAAACAAUCACACAGGGAACACGGUCAAGUGAUGCAGUGUGUGGCCAUAACCCGCUUUAUUUGGGCCUCAUCCUUGGGAUUUUGUUGCCAGUGUUAUUGUUGAUUGCUAUUUUAAGUGUCUUAUUGUGGAACAGAAAAAAAAUAUCCUGCUGUAGAAAUCAGAGUGACAAUUCAUAAUAAAUCAAUUAUCAUUUUUAAGA